CUGAUAAUUUCUUACCCGCGAUACGCGAAAUCGUCAUUGGACAUUGACACGGAUUUUAAUUUUCAUUUCCUGAAUCUCGCCGUUGGUUUAUUUUUGUUUUAUAGGCAAAGUGUGUUGAAGCUAUUACAAAUAAAACAAUUUGUUAAAUUGAAUCUGUUAGUUUAGUUAGAUUUUUCUUUUUUUUUUAUUGAUUAUGGCUCGUGUACUAGUCGGAGUCAAAAGAGUAAUUGAUUAUGCGGUGAAAAUUCGAGUGAAACCAGACAAAUCAGGCGUUGUGACCGAUGGAGUCAAGCACGGUCUGAAUCCAUUCGACGAGAUCGCCAUCGAAGAAGCCGUACGCCUUAAAGAAAAAAAAUUCGCAUCUGAAGUGAUCGCAGUGUCUUGUGGUCUACCACAGGCCCAAGAGUCAUUGCGAACGGCUUUGGCUAUGGGUGUAGAUCGGGGAAUUCAUGUAGAAGUGCCGCAAGCGCAGUAUGAUACUUUGCAACCUGUACACGUAUCGAAAAUAUUAGCAAAGAUUGCACAAGACGAAAAAAUUGACAUAAUCAUUGUUGGUAAGCAAGCAAUCGACGACGAUUCUAAUCAAACGGCUCAAAUGACCGCAGCUUUAUUGAAUUGGCCUCAAGCGACAUUUGCAUCCGAAGUCAAGGUUGAAGGUAGCGAUGUAACUGUAAAACGAGAAAUCGAUGGUGGCUUAGAAACCAUCAAAGUUAAACUACCGGCAGUGAUUAGCGCAGAUUUACGUUUGAACGAACCGAGGUAUGCGACUUUACCCAACAUUAUGAAAGCCAAGAAGAAGCCGAUUAAAAAGCUUACUCCUGGCGAUGUGGGCGUAGAUAUUUCCCCGCGGCUUCAAGUGCUGAGUGUUGAAGAUCCGCCUACAAGACAAGCAGGGUCAAUUUUACCGGAUGUAGAUAGUUUAGUUGCAAAAUUAAAAGAAAAAGGUCACAUAUAAUAUGUAUUGACAGUUGAUUAGAAUGUGUUCGUUUAUAUUAUUUAUACAUAUGUAACUUUCAAAAAUAAGUUGGGGUUUUUUUUCAAUACAAGUAUUUAAUAUUAUUCAAAUAUAUUUGUUGUUUUAACAAAAAUGUAAUUGUAAAUAGCUUAUAUACAAUAUAUUUUUAUAGUAAAUAUUAGUUAAUUCAGAAUUUAUAUUAAUUUCCAAAAAACAAAUUGUGUACCCAAGUAUAUUAUUUUGUUAUAAAUAAAUGCUGCCAAACAACA